AUUUCUGCCUUCCUUUUCUAUGUGUUGGUUCUUGAUUCCCUUCACCUUUGCCAACAACUCUGCCACAUGGGCUUUCUUUCAGGCUCAUUAGACCUACUAACGUGGAUCUUGCUUGUCCUCUCGGCGUCGCUGACAUCAGUUCGACUAGUGAAUCGGUGGAACAGGACUGCCGCGUGGGCUAUUGCAGGCAGCGGCCUGGUGCGUGGAAUAUCCGACGGUCCGGGGUCCUCCAAGAUGAGCUGCGGGUCUAUGUCGCCGAGAGCGGAGCUCUGCAAGAACCUCACCCCUCAGCAGUUUCAUGUCACGCAAGAAGGAGGCACUGAAAGGGCAUUCACAGGGAAGUGGUACAAGCACAAGGAGACGGGCUCAUACACGUGCAUCGUGUGCGGAGAGAGCCUCUUCUCGUCGACCACCAAAUACGACAGCGGGUCCGGGUGGCCCUCGUUUUACGACGUCGUGUCGGCCGGGAAGGUCACCCUGCGCAAGGACACCUCUGGGGUCGGCGGGAACUUACUCCGUCUCCUCGCCGACCCAGGGCUCGUUCGGACCGAGGUGACGUGUGCCAAGUGCGGGGCGCACCUCGGCCACGUGUUCGACGACGGACCUCAACCCACCGGGAAGCGCUACUGCAUCAACAGUGCGUCCCUGGACUUCCGGCGAGGCGAUUCCAUUGGGAACGGAAACGAAGUCGAUGGGAAGGCUGGAUGCAACCACCUGCCCGAAUCGAACGAGCGUAAGAGAUUUCUUUUUGGUGAUGGCUUGUCUGAUGUCAAGAAUGGAAAAUAG